AAACAAAGAAACAACUCUUGAAGCUCCUCUUUGAUUGAAAACCACUAAAAAUCUUAACUUUUUUUACCAUUUUUUAGUUUCUUUGCAUGAAUUUUACCCUUUGUCGCCCUCCAGUGAGUAUAUGCCUUAAACUCAAUUUGCCUUAUGAAUCAGAGUUAUACUCUUUGUUUUGAAUGUCUCUUGUACCUUACUCUUUGGGUUAAACCACAUAAAAUCUUAAAAUUAGAUUAUUAGUCCAGUUGAACCAGUAUGAAACUAAAAAUUACCACUGUCAACCUUAGUCAAGGUUGUCUUGAGUCCAAACCAGUUUCUUUCCCGAUUUCGUUGAUUAAAUUUCAAGUUUCUUUACAUGGCUGAAAAUAUCAGUUACAACAGUAUACAAGUUAUUAUUCACGUUAAACAGUUUCAUGUUACAUUAUUUCGGUGAUGUCCAUUUCUAGUCAACUAUUCUGUUUUAUCAUAUUGAUAUGUUUUCCUAUCUCAACGAUUUCAUACAGAACUGAUUCAAAUAACAAACGAAAUGGUCAACUGGUAGAACUUGAAAAUGGAUUGAUUCAAGGCAAACUUGAAAAAGUGCUCGAUACUCAUGUUGAAAGUUAUCUUGGUAUUCCGUAUGCUAAACCUCCUUUGAAUGAACUGCGAUUCCGUAAGCCACAACCAUUCAAUUCCAAUUAUUCUAAUGAUGUUUACAAUGCAACUUAUUUCCGCUCUGCUUGCAUGCAAAAGUACGGAGAUGAAGCUAUCGAGAAUCUUGGUGGAGUAGACUUUAGUGAGGAUUGUCUUCACAUAAAUAUUUGGGUUCCGCACGAUAAAUUCGUCCAUUCACCAUUGAAACCAGUGUUGUUUUAUAUUUUUGCUUCAAGUUUCCGACAAAGUUCACCAGCAAAACCCUCUAAUGGUGGACAAUUUUUAUCAGCAGUUGGUGACAUAAUUGUAGUUGAGCCAAAUUAUCGAAUAGGAUUUUUAGGUUUUGCUUGUUGCGGUGAAAAUUUUGACGAUAUGCCUGGUAACUUGGGAUUUCAUGAUAUUAUAAUGGCACUAAAAUGGGUACGUAACAACAUACGGAGCUUUGGAGGAGAUCCUGAAGCUAUAACGAUUUCUGGUGCAUCAGCUGGAGCCAUGUUAGCAAUGAUGCUAGCUCAAACACCAGAAGUACCCCAAUCAUGGUUUAACAAUAUAUUCAUAAUGAGUGGUAUUCCAGCCAAUGGAGUUUUGGAUUCAAUCGAUGUUGGUAUUGAAAAAACUCAAUUUAUUCUUAAACAAGUUGGUUGCUCAAACUCUAUUGGUAAUUAUUCUCAUUCAUUCUUAACGGAAGAUGAAAUUGAAUGUUUACGAUCAGCCAACUUAACGGCCAUUUUAGAGUUACAAGACGCUGAACAAACUGUUUUGAUAGGCGCUAGCAUCAAGCAUGGAAUGAUUCCUGUUUACGGUGAUCAACUCUUACCUGAAUCCCCAGAGUUGUCAUUGUCUUCCAAGAAAUUUCCCCCUUCUCAUAAAUCUUUUGUUAUUGGCAAUGUUCAACAAGAAACAAGCUGGGAAACUGACUAUUGGCCUGUAAACAAGUCGGAAGCCAUAGACUUUUUGAUGACGAGAUUAAAAUCAAUGUUGAAAACAAACAAUCGUCAAACAUUAGAUAAAUUAAAGAAAAUGAUUUAUAAUUAUUUAGGCGAUGUAGACGAAAAUGAUCGAUUCAAAAUACGAGGAGCCAUGAAUAGAUUUUGCUCCGAUUGGUCAAUGAAGUGCCCAUCACUUUAUUUUGCUGAAAAAUUGGCAAUCAAAAAAAACAUUGUUCAUCUUUACAUUUUUAAUUAUGUAUCCAAAGUAUACACCAGAGCUGAUGGAACCAGUGAACGACCAUUUGGUUCACGACAUGGUGAUGACACAUUGCUUAUCUUUGGCCAGCCUUUCAGAGAUCCAUAUAAUUACAAUCACCAAGAUCGAUUAAUGAGCAAAAAAUUGAUGAAAUUAUACACCGAUUUCGUCAAGAAUCGUAGACUUCCUUGGCCUCCAGUAUUAACCGAUGGGAAAAGAGUAGAGCCACUUUACUGGAAAAUAUCAGGCUCGUUAGAUUCGAUGGAUAUAGAUGUUGUUCGUAUGACAAAACAAUGUGAGGAGUUGAACGAAUUGAGGAAUCAUGAAUUCUACGAUAAUCAAUCUGUUGAUAGUUUCGAGGAUGGAUACAGAUGGAAGAAGAAAUGAAACAAAUCUGUAUUUUCUUUCUCUUUAAU